AUGGAUCCUGGGAGGAAGCGUGUUUUGGGUUUGUUUCCAUCAAUGCUUGAAGUCUUCCUGUGUGAGAAGAGCUUUCUAACAUCAAACCAGGAGUUAAUUCUCUCGGUCACUGUUUGUGUUGUUUCAGAAGAUCUGGAUGACUUAAGGAUGGAGGGUGUAACCACUCUGGUACUUUCGGGGAGCAAAUUUAACCAAGGUCGUCCUACUCACCCUGCCGAGCCACAGGCCAAAGUCACACUGAACAUCUGUUCAAGGUGUGCCAGGCUUCAAGGAGAUAACUUGAUGGAAAGGACAGAAGACACACCACAAAUACUUCAUUCUCCAGAUGAGAUAAUCCCAGACUCAUUGGAUUCUUUACCUGGGACAGAAGAAACUCUUAUGGAGGAAGGUGAAGAUUUUGAGAAAACAUCUAAUUUAACAGAAGCAAACAGUAAGGAAUGCCUGCUUGGUUCAGCACUGAAGGAUUUUUAUCAUUUCCUUCUAUGCGUACAGUUCCAGGAUGCCAAUAAAGCUGCUGGGAAUGAGAUCCUAACGAAGAUAAGUUUUUCUGGGCAAGUUUUGUGA